AUGGACGUCUAUAAAGCAGCACCGUUUGCUUCUCCCUUCACUACUCUAGUUCUCGUUCCAAAAAUUCCUGAAGCAGCCAAGUCAGCGCCGCUCCCGAAGAAGGGCUUGAAGAGGGCGGUGACCAAGACGCAGACAAAGGACGGCAAGAAGCGCAAGCGCAGUCGCAAGGAGAGCUACUCGGUGUACGUGUACGAGGUGGUCAAGCAGGUGCACCCGGACACGGGCAUCUCGUCCAAGGCCAUAGGCAUCACGAACUCUUUCGUGAACGACGUCUUCGAGCGCAUCGCCGGCGAGGCGUCGCUCCUGGCGCACUACAACCAGCGCUCGACCAUCACGUCGCGGGAAAUCCCGACGGCCGUGUGGCUGCUGCUGCCCGGCGAGCUGGCCAAGCACACCGUGUGGGAGGGCACCAAGGCGUCACCAGUACACUAGCCCCAUGUGAGCUGGCGAGUGAGGGUCUGGCCUACCCACAGUCUUUUUUCAGAGACAUCUACUCUUUAGAUAUGGCACAAUGUUAUUGAGAAGGCUAAGGCCUUUGACGAAUGCCUUGAAAUAAUGGGUUGUUUUGGGUAGGAAAGUGAUGAAAAUCCCACAGCCCCCCACGAAUAAAGUUGUUGCUGGAGUUGGCAGGAUUCAGAACAAAGAGGCAGAGGGAGCUGAAAUAUGCACAACUGUAGAUUAUA